AUGAUGAACACCAAGAAAGUAGCGACUUCCGGCGGGUCGGGUACGUCGGGCCGGCGCGAGGGGGCUGUGGUCCCAGGCACCCCCGUGUCGUCAACGGACGAUGGGCCACAAGAAACCGGCGCGUCAACGGCGGGCGCGUCGGCGGGUAUCGCAACCGCCGAGGGGAGGCGGGAGACUGAUAGGAAGGAAAAGGACAAAAUGGAGGGAGGGGGAAAGAGAAGGAAGUUGGACAAGGAGGAAGAGGAUGUGGACAAGGACGAGGAAAUUGAUCCAAAUGAGGUGAUCGCAAGGAAAGUCGCGGCUGCGCUGACAAGCUUUCUCAGCCAGGCCAGGGAGGAGGGAAUGGAGGCGGAUUGCGAAGAGGAAGAAAGCGAAGAGGAAGACUUGGAAGCGGAGGCAGAAGAGGAAGGAAACAGGGGCUGGCCGGAUCCGAUGAACAGGAAAAAAAACCGGGAAUUUGUCCUCGCCCGGAUAGGCUUUGCCGUUGAUAGUUUCAACCUCAUUGAGGAGGCCACCAGUAGAAGCAAGAGGAUGAGCAAAACAGAAAAGGCGAAUAUCAAUGGGCACAGCAACGACCUGAGGAGGUACGGUGAGGAAAUCGGGAAGGUUGAACCUCAUUACUGA